AUGGAGGACGCCGAUGCUCAACGUCAAAUAGACCAGAUGGUUGCUUUUAUCAUCAACGAAGCGAAGGACAAGGCGGCGGAGAUUGAGGCUAAGUCCCAGGAAGAUUUCAACGUGGAGAAGUUGAAGGCUCUGCAGUCGAUGAAGGAGAAGAUUCGGCAGAACUACCGGAAAAAGGCAAAGGAUCUUGAAACGAACCGGGCGAUUGCGCAGUCCGCGGCGAUCAACAAGGCGCGUUUGAAGAAAAUAGCUGCGCGCCAGAUGAAGAUUAAUGACGCCGUGAAGACUGCGAGUAAAUCGUUGCAGGAGUUGGGCAAGGACCAGAGCAAAUACUCGAGACUGUGCUGUGAACUGAUAGUACAAUGCAUGCUCCGGUUGAUGGAGCCCCACGUGCUGGUGCGUAUCCGGAAGCAGGAUGAGAACGUGGUCACAAACGACAUUUUGAAGGCAGCACAGCAAAAAUACUCAGCUAUCCUCGAAAACGCUGGCAUCAAGGGUCAGACAGUGAAGGCCGAGCUCGACAAAGAGUUCUACCUCCCGCCAGCACCUGCCUCUAAUGCAGACGACGCAAGUGCUGCCGCCAGCUGCACCGGCGGCGUCGUAGUCACUUCCGCCGACCGCAAAAUUAAGUGCGACAACACCUUCGACUCGCGCCUCCAACUCGUCGUCCAACAGAAAUUGCCCGAAAUCAGGAAAGUCCUCUACGAGAACUGA